UGUGUGUGUUAUUGAAAGUCACCAAAGUUGAGCAGCUUAUUGUAAAUUCAGAAAACCUAUAUGACCCACUACAGCAAAAUCUAAAAUUCUAAUGUGGCCCAGAGACUAAGUUUGGUUUGCAGUGAAUUAGACUGUUUUAUUUUGACUUUUCUCAAAGUCUCUCCACAAACUUCAUAUGUUUUUUGGACUGAGACCAACAUCCAGAGGUCAUGUGUGUGAACUGUUCUGUUUCUCUGACUUGUGCUUCACUCCACAGGCUUUUCUAAAGACCCAUGUUACACAGGACAUAUCGUAGGUGUGGACAAGAUGUUUGGCAGAGUCUGACCAGUGGAGGGAGUCCCUAAUGCCUGAAGCUUGGAAACAUCUUACUCGCUGCUCCCAGUGGAAGAAGCAGAGGGAGAGAGGCUGCCAUGAAUAUGCUACAGAACGCACCGCAAACUGUCUCAGGCUCUUGACUGGAGCAGUUCAUCCAGAUGGUGGCAGGGAACCAUGUGGGAUCCAUGUCCAACCUUGAGGCCAAGGCCACGACCACAUCAACAAGGCCUUUCCAGGAGUUCUUGGAAGAAACUCUUUCGCUUCAGCAGCACGUGUGAUUGGCUAAUCAACUCUACAGAGCAUUAAAGUCAUUCCUUCAUCCCCACAAUGAGGUUCUUGUGUGCUACUGUCUGAGAGAAGCCGCAGAAAUGCCUUGGCGCAGGAGCCGGAGACGUCAUGGAUUCCUGAGUGUGGGGCUUUGCAGGAAAGCCCUGAGUCUCCGACAUGGAGCGGCUCCAGGUUUCCAUGGCAAAGGCGCACAAACAGGAGGAAACACUGAGGGAAUCCCGUUAUUUUACAGCGUUGGACCAUUAUAAACACCCAGAGCGGGGAAGGAAGCCGCUCUUGAUGCUUCAAGUAAUCCUUAUAGAGCUGUAGGAAGGAGGACCUCAUACCAGAGGAGAACAGAGAGAGCUGGAGCUGGAGCUGGAGCUGGAGCUGGAGCUGGAACUGGAGCUGGAGCUGGAGCUGGACAAGCUGCGACUCUUUCAGCAGAACAGGCGCAGCAGCCGCGGCUACAACCUCCGUCUAGGUCCCCGCUGCCCUUUUUUUAUUAUUAUUUAUUAAUUUAUUUUUUAAAAUCUUUUUCAGACAGUUUUUUUUUUGAUGGACAUGGUUGAGAGAGGAGACUAAUUUUUUUUUUUAGUUUUUUUUACAUUUUUGCAUUCUUUUUCUCCACUCUUCCCUUUUUCUCCAGAUGUUCAGGGAAACUUGGAGGUUGGCACAGUACCACACCAUGAGGUCGAUGGAUCAAGAUGACCCCAAUCUUGCACCUCACAAAGUCCUCGGUCCUGAGUCUGAGCAGGCCUUCCCUCUGGAGCAGGCCUCGUCUUUUGGCAUCAAGUCCUGCAGACCGUCCUACGGUGAACACAACACUGAGGUUCAGUCAGGAUAUGAGCACCAGGAGGCUCGGCACUACCUGGACAGCACCCGCCCCGCAGGCCUGGCUCUGAGCCCGCGGAUUGAGAUCACACCGUCCCGUGAGCACUACAACCAUGUUCGGGACUCCCUGCAGAACCAGCACCUAAACAUCAGCCCCAGACCCACGCUCACCGUCCCAGGCCAUGACAACCUUGCCUACCGUGAGCCCCAGUGCCUGAGUCCAGCCAGUAGCAACUCCUCCACCAGCUGGCACUCAGAGAGCUACUCCCCCUGGGCUUCUCCCUGUGUCUCCCCCAGCAGUGUUCAAAACCCAGGAGACCUCUGCCCCCGCUUGCAGAACAUUCACACUGGCUCCCCACGCACCUCCCCAGGUACAUCUCCACACACCAGCCUGGCUGAGGACGGCCUGGGUCGCCGCUCACCUUCUUCCAGACCGGGCUCCCGCUCCACCUCCCCACAGGGAAAACGUACCUACGACAUGUACAGGAAUCCGACUCUGGCCCCUGGGCACCGCUCACGCAGUCCCUCGCCCCACGGUGGCCAGGAGGAGCACAACUUAAAUGCCCACUAUACACACAGCACCCUGACUGAUGCCAUGAACGGCUUUGGCACGGUGCAGCCAGGCCUGGUGCCCACCAAAAUAGUCAAGACGUCCAACCAGCUUUACACUCUGUACCCGGAGAACCACGGUGACGGCAAUUACUUGGUUCCCAGUGAACAGGACAUGAAAACCAAACCAGCAGCAGAACCUUUCUUUGUUAUCCCCCAGAUCUGGUCCAAGCCACUGGUUUCCAGCAUCUGCAGCAUCCCUGUGGCUUCUCUGCCUCCUCUGGAGUGGCCCAUUCCAAGUCGAACAGAUCAGUAUGAGCUCAACAUUGAAGUGCAGCCUAAGCCUCACCACAGAGCCCACUACGAGACAGAAGGAAGCAGGGGGGCAGUUAAAGCCCCGACAGGAGGACACCCUGUAAUACAGUUACAUGGAUACAGAGGCAAGGAGCCGCUGGGGCUGCAGAUCUUCAUAGGUACCGCAGACGAGCGCAUCCUCAAACCUCACGCCUUCUACCAAGUUCACCGCAUCACCGGCAAGACGGUCACCACCACCAGCUACGAGAAGAUCGUCAAUGGCACCAAAGUCCUUGAGAUCCCGCUGGAGCCAAAGAACAACAUGAAAGCAAUAAUCGACUGCGCCGGGAUCCUCAAGCUCAGAAAUGCGGACAUCGAGCUGAGGAAGGGUGAGACGGACGUGGGCCGGAAAAACACCCGGGUUCGCCUUGUGUUCCGUGUCCACAUACCUCAGCCUGGUGGACAGCACAUCUCUCUCCAAGCAGCUUCCAAUCCCAUUGAGUGCUCUCAGCGUUCAGCUCACGAGCUUCCCAUGGUGGAGAAGCAGGACAUGGACAGCUGCUCUGUUCUGGGCGGUCAGCAGAUGAUCCUGACUGGGCAGAACUUCAGCUCUGACUCCAAGGUCAUCUUCAUGGAGAAGACUCAGGACGGGCAGCAGAUUUGGGAAAUGGAAGCGACGGUGGACAAAGACAAGAGUCAGCCUAGUAUGCUGUUUGUGGAGGUGCCGACCUUCCGUGAUACAUCUGUGUGCCAUUCAGUUAAAGUCAACUUCUACGUCAUCAACGGCAAAAGGAAGCGCAGCCAGCCUCAACAUUUCACCUACACACCGCUGGCAUCCCCGUCCAUCAAGACAGAACCUGCAGACGAGUACGAAGCUGACCACAUGGGCUUUGCCAUGCCCCAGAUUUUAGGCUUACUGCCUCAUUCGUACUACCACAGCCCUCAGCGCAGCGUCCAGCACCCAGACAACGGCCUGGUCCCCAGCAUGGCGUCCUGCCAGCGUCUCAGCUCAAGCCUCCCCAGCCACGACAGUCGUUUCCAGCAGCAGAGCCCCACCAUCGUCUAUCCUCGGGGAGGCAAGAGUUUGAGCGGAAGCCCCGGCCUUUAUCAGCAGCAGACUGGAGGCAUGAUGCCUGACCCACACCGGUCAGUCCUAGUCCACACAGGCUCCCCGUCUCAGUCUGUAGGUCCCAUCGGUGCGGGCCAGCAUCCCUCCAUCAUCCAGUUUUCACCCACCAACCACCACAUGCUCCGAGCAGGAGACCCACAGUCGCUGAGCGCCGCUCAGCCCGACCCUCAGCAGAUCAUCUACUGUGACGGCUUCUCCCCCCAGGCAGCCUCUGCCCACUCACCCACACCCCCGCUGGCUCAGGCCGUGGUGACCCACCCGGAGCACUAUCCCACGGUGAUCCAGCAGCAGUCCUACGUGCAAAAGGGGCAACAGAAAAGUCGGGUCUCCCCUGGAGGAGGCCAAAUGGAGGCUCCGGGAGAGAGGAGAGUCAUGGUGAAGGAGGAGAACCUGGAUCAGGCCUACCUAGAUGAUGGUGAGUUGAACGAAAUCAUCAGAAAGGAUCUGACUGGAGUUCAUACCAGAGGACACACAUAGAGAACAGACUUGAGCAGGAGACGACAACAAAACACACCCACCGACACACACACACACACACACACACACGGGGUGUACGGGAAGAUGAUGUAAUUCCACUGACAAUCGAAACUUUUCUUCCUCAUUUUGUUUUCUACCAUUAAUGGUACAGUAAAGCAUCAGUACCAGUGUUGUUGUUGUUGUUGUUGUUGUUGUUGUUUCCCUCAGGCUAAACAUCAGAGACGUGAAGUUUGGAGAGAAUUGAAAGUCAUCAGACCUGAAAUGCCUUCAUCUGUUUUACAGCCUUUAAUUAUUUCAUAAAACAGCGGGGGUGGGGGGGAAAAUGCAAAUAACA